ACAUACAAAUUAAAUGGGACGCCCAAUAACUGAUGAAGUUGUCACCUUUAUCUUCUUCUUCCUCAGUUGUAUGCUCUUUAUCAGCACUGAGUCAACUCAGCCUCCAUUUUCAUGUGACUCGUCAAACUCAGUUACCAGUUCAUUUCCCUUCUGUAACAACUCCUUACCCAUCCCCCAAAGGGUACAUGACCUCGUAUUACGCCUUACGUUGGACGAGAAAAUACUACAGCUGGUUAAUGCGGCACCGGAGAUACCUCGACUCGGUAUCUCCGCCUAUGAAUGGUGGUCGGAGGGUUUACACGGCGUUUCUAGGCAUGGUAAAGGCACGCUUUUCAAUGGCACUAUUAAGGCUGCCACUAUGUUCCCUCAGAUCAUUUUAACCGCUUCUACCUUUGAUGAAAAUCUCUGGUAUCGUAUUGCUCAGGCAAUUGGAAAAGAGGCAAGAGCGGUAUACAAUGCAGGUCAGCUAAAGGGGAUGACAUUAUGGGCACCAAAUAUAAACAUAUUUAGGGACCCAAGGUGGGGAAGAGGGCAAGAAACACCAGGGGAAGAUCCUAUGAUGGUGGGAAAAUAUGGAGUUGCUUAUGUAAGAGGACUUCAAGGUGAUAGUUUUGAAGGUGGGAAACUUCAGGAUGGACAUCUUCAAGCUUCAGCUUGUUGUAAGCACUUCAUUGCUCAGGAUUUGGAUAAUUGGUAUAACUUCAGUCGUUACACCUUCGAUGCUCACGUCAUGAAGCAGGAUUUGGCAGAUUCAUAUGAACCACCCUUCAAGAGUUGCGUCGAACAAGGGAAAGCAAGCAGUCUAAUGUGUGCUUACAAUCUUGUUAAUGGGAUCCCAAAUUGUGCCAACUUUGAUCUUCUGACCACAACUGCCCGUGAACAUUGGGGUUUCCAAGGGUACAUUGUAUCUGAUUGUGACGCAGUUGCUAUUAUGCAUACUCAUCAAGGCUAUGCUAAAGAACCAGAAGAUGCAGUAGCUGCUACUCUCAGAGCUGGCAUGGAUGUGAAUUGUGGUUCCUACUUGAAGUCAUACACAAAAUCAGCUUUAGAAAAGCAGAAAGUAAAAGAAUCUGACAUAGACAGAGCUCUUCACAAUCUCUUCUCCAUUAGAACGAGGCUAGGACUGUUCAAUGGUGACCCAAAAAAACUGGAAUAUGGAGACAUUUCUUCAGUAGAGGUUUGUAGUCAAGAGCACCGGGCACUAGCCCUCGAAGCAGCAAGAAAUGGCAUUGUCCUUCUAAAGAAUUCUGCCAAACUCCUUCCACUUUCAAAGAUCAAAACAACAUCCCUUGCUGUAAUAGGUCCUAAAGCAAAUGAUUCCGAAGUACUUUUAGGUAACUACGAAGGCUAUCCUUGCAAGAAUGUUACAUUACUCCAAGGACUUCAGGAGUAUGUUAAAAACACAACGUACCAUCCGGGCUGCAAUUUCGUCAACUGUACUUCUGCUGCAAUAGAUGAAGCAGUUGACAUAGCGAAAAAAGCAGACUAUGUUGUUCUAAUAAUGGGAUUGGACCAGACUCUUGAAAGAGAGAAGCUUGAUCGCACGGAAUUGGGACUACCUGGUAUGCAAGAGAGUCUCAUUACAGCGAUUGUGCAAGCUGCCCCAAAACCUGUUAUACUGGUUUUGAUGUGUGGAGGUCCAGUGGAUGUGUCCUUUGCAAAGGAAAACCAAAAUAUAGGAGCCAUUUUGUGGGUUGGUUACCCUGGUGAGGGUGGAGCUACUGCAUUGGCCGAGAUACUUUUUGGCGAACACAAUCCAGGGGGUAAAUUACCAGUCACUUGGUACCCUAAGGAAUUCAACAAAAUAUCAAUGACAGACAUGAGGAUGCGGCCUCUAUCAUCCACGGGAUAUCCAGGGCGCACUUACAGAUUCUACAAUGGGCCAAAAGUUUUCGAAUUUGGUUACGGUCUCAGCUACACUGAUUAUUCUUACGCGUUCGCCUCUGUCAACCAAGAUAAGCUGCAUUUCAAGAACCUGAAGGUCAAUAAGGCAACUGAAAAUGGUUCUGCUCUGAGCAUUGAUGUUUCAGACGUUGGAUCAGAAGUAUGCAACAACGCGAUGAUCGCAGUUAAAGUUGCCGUGAAAAACCAGGGAGAAAUGGCUGGUAAGCACCCCCUAUUGUUGUUUCUGAGGCAUUCCAGCACAAUGGAUGAGAUUCCAAGAAAGACUUUGAUAGGAUUCAAGAGUGUAAAUUUGGAAGCAAGGGAAAGUACUCAUAUUGCAUUUGAUGUGAAACCUUGUGAGCACUUUACAAGGGCUAAUAGAUAUGGUUCAUUAGUUAUUGAUGAAGGGAAAUAUUUCCUUCUUGUGGGAGAUAAGGAAUAUCCUGUUACAGUAUUUGGGUGAUCUCCCAGAUCUAAAUUUGUCAGUUAGAAUUAAGUUAACGUAUCAAGUGAAAUUAAAUUA